ACUUUACACUCAUUUCCUGCUGUUAUUGGGACAGGCAGAGCGCAUGGACGCUACAGGAGCAUCUAAUGCGAGGUGAAAAGAAAAACGCCGCGUUUUAACUUCCAGGAGCUUUUCCCCUGUAAUAUUUCCCCACUCACAGGAGGGCUACAGACGUGUAAACUGCGGACAAGUGGCGCGUGCUAUCUCCCCGCCCGGCUGCAGGAUCUCGGUGCAGUGAGGAAUACAUGUAGGUGCGGAGCGUACAACAACUCCGAAGGUCGACCUGAAGCUUUUCACAGCGGAUGUUCGUGCAGGAGGCGUUCGAAUCUGUAAACAUCCUGCGAGUAGAUCAAUCAAUCAACUGUCUGCCGCGCGCGCGCUCUCUCUCUCUCUCUCUGUGUGCGCCCGUCCUCUCCUCUCCGAUACCCAGAGAGACGUCUCUAACUGGAGUUAAUGCCCUCCUGCGUCACUGCAUGUCCAUAGCUUGUGCGAGGGCCCGACUGUCUGCGCAGCGGGAAAUGUAAACACUGGCUGUGUGUCCCGGAGUGAGUGAGAUGAGCAGCGGGAUGGAGCGCGCGGAGCCGGAAGCGGAAGGAACGCACGGGCCGCAGAGGCUUCGGCCCUCCUCAUAUCGCGCUCUGCGCAGCGCCGUGUCCAGUCUGGCGCGCAUCGACGACUUCGUCUGCGAGAAGAUCGGCUCAGGCUUCUUCUCUGAAGUAUUUAAGGAUUGAUGGAUUUCUGCCAUGGACAGACUGAGUAGUGUCGAGGUGCUUGCGCCUGCCACGACACAUACUUCAGGUGAAACACAGGAUUACUGGGCAGGUCAUGGCGCUGAAGAUGAACACUAUGGCCAGUAACCGGGCCAACAUGUUGAAAGAGGUGCAGCUCAUGAACCGUCUCAGCCACCCCAACAUCCUCAGGUUUGUGGGAGUGUGUGUACACGAGGGACACCUCCAUGCUCUCACAGAGUACAUUAAUGGUGGAAACCUGGAGCAGCUGUUGGACAGUGAUGUGUUCCUGUCCUGGGCGGUGAAGAUGGGCCUCGGCCUGGACAUCGCACGAGGACUGCAGUACCUCCACAGCAAGGGUAUAUUCCACAGAGAUCUCACCUCAAAGAAUUGUCUGGUGAGUUGGGAGAAUGGCGUUUGUACUGCUGUUGUUGGAGACUUUGGCCUGGCAGAGAAAAUUCCGGACAAUAGUGAUGGCGCGCAGAAGCAGCAUCUGAGCAUCGUGGGCUCUCCAUACUGGAUGGCUCCUGAAGUGCUCAGAGGAGAGCAGUAUGAUGAAAAGGUGGAUGUCUUUGCCUAUGGCAUUAUCCUCUGUGAGAUCAUCGGUCGGAUUCAGGCAGAUCCAGACUUCCUUCCCCGCACAGAGGAUUUUGGUCUAGAUGUGGCUGCAUUUCAGCCUAUGGCAGGAGAAUGUCCCCCUCCUUUCCUCGGCCUAGCAGUCACUUGCUGUUGUAUGAAGCCACAGAGUCGUCCUCCUUUCUCAGAGAUAGUGUACCAGUUGGAGAGAAUCAGUGUUGGGCAGCAGGCGGAGCUGACAGGGCCUGUCGAGGCAGAACCAGUUACGCCUAAUUCCAGGUCCCUGAGUGGGAGAAGGUCGUCUUUGGGUGCCAUUGUGGAAGAUCGGCUGUCCCUGAGUAAAUCAGAUGUGUUAUCUCCUGUUCAGAGUACGCCGGCUCGCGUCAACCCCUUCUCCCAAAGGCACGAUCUCAAUGGUGGCCGCAUUAAACUUUUUGACACACCCAGCAAAUCGGUCAUCUCCCUCACCUUUACCCUGCCUCCACGUCCUGACCCGUGCAGCCCCACCCCCUGUAGGAAAGCCCCGCCCCGAUCCCACAGACGCUGCCAGUCUCUGCCCUGCACAGCGGAAGACAUCCAGGCAUUAAGGAGUGCAUCAGACGGUGAUGCUCACGCGAGCAUAACGCCUCCGGAUGCUAAGGAGACAACGGCUUGCGCUGUUAAUCUUCCCAAAAUGGACAGUGAUAGUAUGGUGAACAUUUUCACAGAGGUUGAACAUGAUCAUGUGUUUAGUGCUCAGACAGAUGGUCCAAAUUCACUGGAGGAACAAGAGAUUGAGCACAUGAUCAUAAAGGACUCAAUUCAUAAAGAACUGGAAGAGGAGGAGUGCAUGUUGGAGGAGAAGGUGAAUGAUUAUACUCCUCUAGCAGAUGACUCUGGUGUUCCCAUAGAUCUUGAGUUAACGUCCAUAGAUCAUCUGACAGAGGUGAGUGUAGAGGAAGCCAUGGACUGUAUCAGCUCCCCCGAUACAUCUUGUGAUUCACCCAAACCCUUCACCAAUGGCUGGAGACCACCUGUAUCAAACAGACCCCCAUUUUUACCCCCUUUACCCGAUUUAGACAACAACAACAGCCCUGUGCAACCUUUAAACCUGCCAGUCAAUGGUUUCCAUGGUGUCACGACCCCUGUGACCCCUCCAGAACAGGAUGAGGUUGUAGCGUGUUCAGGCUGCUGUCUGGCAGGAUUCAGCUUUCCCUCCAUGUGCAUCCGUGGGACACCCCGCAACCCAUAUAAGAACUUAAACGGUGAUUCUGCGACGCGGGAGCUGCUGUGCAGAAUGCAGCCAUCUUCACCUCCUGCUCACAGCACGCACACCUAAUGAUGAACUGCAUGAGAGAGGACACUGCACAUUUAUCCUAUGCCUUAAAACCUGCUGCUGUUGCACAUUGCUCAGAGAAGAAGUGGUGAAUUGCGCUGGGGCUUAGUCAGGUGUUAUUGAUUUUGUCCAGUUUAAAUGCCCCUUUGUUUAACAUAAUUAUGCUCUUCAAUGGGUUUAAUGAACACUUUCUCAAGAAAACAGAAUAUUGUAAAGAAAUAUAUAUAUAUAUA